AUGAAUAGAUACUUUCAACGAAAAAGGAACGUAGAUAGUGUUGAUGAGGGGGUAUUGAAUAAUGUGGAGUUUGAUGUCACAAAACUUCCAACUGAUCCUGGUCUAAAGAUACCCAUUUUGGAUUACAAUGCUAACAUUCGAGAUGAAGUUCGAAGAGCAUAUAUGUUAAAAGGUCCUUGUCAGUCCCAAGAUCAUGACUUUCCAAAACGACAAUUUGGAGUAACAAUUAGACGAUUCAAUCCUUCGUGGUUUAAAGAGUUCGGUAGUUGUUUGGAGUACAGUGUAGAUAAUGAUGCUGCUUAUUGUUCGUAUUGUUAUCUUUUCAGAACAAGUUCUGGAAAGCAAGGUGGAAGUGAGUCUUUUGUUGGCAAAGUGUUGAUGAAUCAAGAGCAAUACAUUCAAUCAAUUUUCUACAAACAGUCAGAACAAGCAAGAAAUGCAUAUGUUACACGUUUUAAUGCUUCCGUUGAUUGUGUUCGAGUUCUUUUGCGACAAGGGCACUCAUUUCGAGAUCAUAAUGAAUCUAAGGAUUCUCUCAAUCCAGUUGAUGAAUCUUGUGAUGUGUCAAUGAAGGAGCAAAUGUCUAUUGUUUUACGUUAUGUAGACAAUAGUGGGCAUGUCAAUGAACGCUUCAUAGGGAUUGAAUAUGUUACAAGUACCACGGCUCUAUCACUUAAGGUUGCAAUUGAUAAGGUAUUUUCUAGGUAUAACUUGAGCAUGUUUAGAUUGAGAGGACAAGGUUAUGAUGGAGCAAGUAAUAUGCAAGACUUUAUUGUUGAAGCAUUGGACAAAUGUGAGAUUUUAAGUGGACGAGGACUUAAUCAAGAAAUGACCCUUCAGAGCUCUGGUGAUACACGAUGGAGUUCACAUUAUAAUUCUUUGGUUAGCUUGCUUGCCAUGUUCUCUUCUGUUUUAGAUGUACUUGCAAUGAUUGUUGAAGAUAAAUCUUGUUCUUGUGAUCAAAGAUCUGAUGCAACAAAUUUAUUGGAAUCGAUACAAAGAUUUGAUUUUGCAUUUAAUCUACAGUUGAUGAGAAGUGUGUUGGGGAUGUCUAAUGAACUGUCAAAAACAUUGUAA